AAAUAACUCUCAAUCUCUCCCCUGUUUUCCAAAAGUGUCUGGGCUGUCCCUGAGCAGGCAGGCAGAGGGUGGAGUUUGGAUUUUGAUCUUAAUAUAAACUCCUGUAAAAGUAAUUGGAGUGAAAGCAUAUAUUGUAUCCUGUAGCAGUCCAGGUUCCAAGACUAAAUCAUGGCACUGACACCAGAUGCACAUUUUGUGUUGAAUGAUGGGUACAAAAUGCCAGUGGUUGGAUUUGGCACCUAUGCUCCCCCGGAAAGGGUGUGUAUCUCAGCUCGAUUCAAUUUUAAGAACUUUAUAUUGUGGUGGUGGGCUGUAUUUUUGUUUUUUGUUUUUUUAUGAAUACAUUUUUUUUACAUGUACUUGUUUUAGUUACCUUAAUAUAGAAGUAUAUUUCUAAAAUGUAAGUUAAACUGUAAUGAUCAGGGAACAUUAAUCUUAAGCGUCGUAUAGGGAUAUUUUUUAAACAGUGUCCGCUUUAGGAAAGUAACCCGUUAAAUGUAGAUAGCAGGUUGUAAUAUUUUUCACUAAACAAUGUAGUUAAAUUGAAAACAUUAGUUUAAAAUAGCUGAUUUAAAAAUGGUCUUAAACCGAGUGUUAUAUUUUGUUCCUGCAGUCUUCAUUUCAUUCAACACAUUCCAGGUUUAUGCACUUUUAAAAGAGUCCCCAUAUAAGUUGUUUACCUGCCCCCUAGCAGUGUGUGUGUGUGUGCUUGCGCAGGGGUGGACUGACACCUCACAGGGACCCAAGGAAAUAGGACAUCAAGGACCCCCUAUUAGUGCAAUGAUUUUUGUCUACUACUCCUUAGUGAGGUUUUCACACAUAUUUUACAUGCACGCUGCCCAGCACCCAGAAUGGCUGCGUGAGAGCGACAUAGUCAUGACACCAACAACCGCAGGGUCAUCAAAAAAGAGCCAGAUUAGCUUUUAAGAGGUUAAUCUAACCAAAAACAGUGUUUUAAUAAAACACUGUUUUUGAUAGGGUAACUUGCUGGCAGUGGGCAGCUGGGGAAGCAGGAGUAGUGUAGUGAUCGGUAGGAGAGCAGGGGCACAGUGGGUAACUGUGGGAGCAGAGGCACAAUGGGAAGGUUGGGGAGCAGGGGGCACAGUGGUUGUAGCCUAGGGAGCAGGGGGCACAGUGGUUAGGUGAGCAAGGGGCACAGUGGCUAGCUGGUGGUGCAGGGGCACAGUGGCUAGCUGGUGGAGCAGGGGUACAGUUAGGCUGGGUAGGGGAGCAGAGGCACAGUUAGGCUGGGUGGGGGAACAGGGGCACAGUUAGGCUAGGUGGGGGGCACAGUGGGUAGCCAGGGGGAGCAGGGGGCACAGUAGCUGGGGGAGCAGGGGCACAAAGUUAGGGGGUAGCUAGGGAGGAGGGGACCUUUGGGUAGCUGGGGAGCAGGAGCACAGUUAGGGCUAGGGUGGGGAGCAGGGGCCAAAGUGGGUAGGUGGGGGAGCAUGAGCACAGUUAGGCUAGGUGGGGGAGCAGGGGCACAGUUAGGCUAGGUGGGGGAGCAGGGGCAGUGUUAUGGUAGGUGGGGGAGCAGGGGCACAGUAAAGCUAGGUGGGGGAGCAGGGGCAGUGUGGUGGUAGGUGGGGGAGCAGGGGGCACAAUGGGUAGCUGGGGGAGCAGGGGCAUAUUUACAGAGCUGAAAAUAGAGUUGCGUCUAUCAAGUUCAGCCUUCCUCACAUUUGUCUUUUGCUGUUGGUCCAAGAGAAGAGAAAAAAACCCAGUUUGAAGCACUUCCAAUUUUGCAACAAGCUAAGAAAAAAAUUCCUUCUUGACCCCAGAAUGACAGUCAGAUUUAUCCUUGGAUCAAGCAGUUAUUACCCUACAUUGAAAAAUGAUGAAUAUUCUGUUUUUGCAAGUAUGCAUCUAGCAGCUGUUUGAACAUCUGUAUGGACUCUGAUAAAACCACUUCUUCAGGCAGAGAAUAACACAUCCUUAUUGUUCUUACAAUACAAAAAAAAUCUUUUCUUUGCCUUAGACGAAAUCUUCUUUCUUCCAGUCUAAGCGCAUGACCUCAUGUCCUAUGUAAAGUCUGGUUUGUGAAUAGACUUCCACACAAUGGCUAGGUGGGGGAGCAGGGGGCACAGCUAGGCUAGCUUGGGGAGCAGGGGAAGUGUGGCGGUAGGUGUGGGAGUAGGAACUCCUUCCUGCUUCCCCUAACUUACCAGGCAGAGGGUUUGCCUGCCUGCCCCACCCCACUUGCCAUGUAGCUCUGCCUCCACUUGUCGCUUAACUCUGCCCCGUUUGCCCUCACUGAUAGACCCGAGUGGGAUCAAAGGGGGCAGAGUUAAUCCAUGCAUUCCACAUGUGCCUCUGACCAGUGGCGUACAUACCAGGGUCCCCUGUGACCCGGUAUGUAGCCACAGGGCCAGCCUCUUCCCCCGGGGGGCCCAGGAGCCGGCCACACCAGGGCCCCCCCGAGGCUGGCCCUGCUGACACCGGGUGGCCGGUCGGCGCGCGAGGGAGCACUCAGUGCUUCCUCUUCAGCUCCCUCGCGCACCGAUACCGGAGCCGGAAGAUGACGUCAUCUUCCGGCGCCAGCAUCCCUACACGGCGCGCAAGGGAGCUGAAGAGGAAGCACUGAGUGCUCCCUUGCGUGCCCGACUGGCUACCUGCCCAGGAGCCCAGCAGCACCACUGGACCCCAGGGAAUCCCACCAGCACUCCAAAAGGUAAGGAGGCUGGGGGGAAUACAUUUAAAAAAAAAAAAAUGUGUGUUUGUGUGGUAGUGUGAGUGUGUCUGUGUCUGCUAGUGAGUGUUACUGUGUGUUUGUCUGUUAGUGAGUGUGUGUUUGUCAGUGAAAGUGUAUGUUUUGUGAGUGUGUAUGUAUGUCAGUAAAUGUGUGUGUCUGUUAGCUAGCGUGUAUGCGUCUGUUCGUGAGAAUGUGUGUGUGUGUCUUCAGCAUUUACCUUUCUCCAGCGUCGGACUCCCUUGGCGCUGGGGAUCCCUCCACCUCUCAGCUCCGAAUGCACAUGCGCGGCAAGAGGCGCGCGCGUGCAUUUAAACCGCCCAUAGGAAAGCAUUACUCAAUGCUUUCCUAUGGACGUUCAGUGUCUUCCCACUGUGAUUUUCACAGUGAGAAUCGCGGAAGCUCCUCUCGCAACUGUCAAUGAGACAGCCACCAGAGGCUGGAUUAACCCUCAGUGAAACAUAGCCGUUUCUCUGAAACUGCUAUGUUUUCAGCUGCAGGGUUAAAACUAGAGGGACCUGGCACCCAGACCACUUCAUUGAGCUGAUGUGAUCCGGGUGUCUGUAGUGGUCCUUUAAGUGUGUGUGCAUACCGCGGUCGCGGGGCCGCCAUGUGUUGCGGCCCCCGACCAGCGCCAAGUAGGCGCGGGGGGGGCCCACGGAUCAAUUUUCGCACUGGGGCCCCAUGGGUCAUGUGUACGCCACUGCCUCUGACCUUUUUCUCACCCAUUUUCCCUUUCUUAAAAGUAACAUACCUGUCUCUGCUACCAGUGGUACUGCUUAUCUUCUACACUCUGCAUGAGAGGAGAGCACAGGAAGUGAUAUCACUUCCCAGACCCCACCUCUUCUCAAACAGAUGACAACAGCAGAGAUCACGGAGAGCUGGCACAGAGAGAGGAGUACCUCUGUCAGGUCUCACUCAGAAGGCGUAUGUAGGUGGUGUCACAGUGAGAUCGGUUGCCUGGGCUCCACAACCUAUCACUGUAAUAUGUCUAUGGAGUUUAGCCUCUUGGGUUAUCUCCCCACUUAGCCAAAGCAUGGCUGUUCACCAGAACCCCUGACUGCAUUGGACACUCAGUCCAUGACCGAUGUGUUCGAGUGGUCAGUCUGCCCCUGCCUGUGCAUGGAUGCACAAAUAGAUGAUAAUUUGUAAAAAUUGCAAAUUUGGAACAUCUUUGGCCGUACUAAAAAAAAAACAACUAAUUCUUUAUGUAAUAAAUUCUAUGGUCUUGAAAAGAUCUUGUGUUUUCUACUCAAUACAGCUAAUUAUUUUGUGUAGAUGACUACAUAAAAUUUUUGAAAAAUUCCAACUCCUAUUUUUUACUACCUGCAAAAGCAUGUAUUAUAUCAAGUAUUUUGUAAAACAAAUGUAUGAUGUGUUUUUUAAUUAAAUUAUGCUAAACCCUUAAGGUUUUUUUGUUUUAGUUUUUCCAGCUCCUCUGAUCUUAAGUUUGAAAUUCACUUCUAAUUCUCACUUUAGUAAAUAAACCUGUUAGUUUUCAAAUGUAUUGCAGUGUGCAGAAGGUCAACAUUCCUGGGAUGAUUGGGCAUGUCCUACAAACACAGCACACAGACACAUUCACAACUUUUAACCUCCUUCAUUACCAAAACACAUUAGGGUUGUCCAAGAAGAAUUAAAUAACAUAAGCAUGUACUAUGGCAAAAUUAUGCCAUCUCAGGUUUUGGAGAUAUUCAUAAACCUUUUGGCUAGCAGACUAGUUAUUUUAUAAUGAUGUCUCCAGAAAGCUUCAAUGACAUUGUUUUUCCCACAAUAGCAAGCUUCAAAAUUUGGUUUACAGAUGGGGCUACGGGUAGGUUUAGAGUUAGGUCUAGGGCAGGAGUAGGCAACCUUCGACAUUCCAUGUGUGGCUCCCUUCCCCCCCCCACCCCCCCCCCGUCAUGCUUUGUUAGCAUUAUGGGUCUAAGAGCAUUACAUGAGAUGUAGUCCAUAAUAUCUUUAGUGCUAAAGGUUGCUUAAACAAGGUAUAGUUAGCUUUUCUUUAAUUAUAAUGUAUCUCCCAGGUCAAGACUGGUGGCAGUUACACUUCCAGACAGCAAUUGCUAUUUGUAACGCUGCACGCCUAUGGAUUGAGAUCUUUGGAUUGAGAUCUUAGGAUCUCCCCUGUCGGCUCAUGCUGAGCUGGCGCUAUCCAAGCACCGGCUCUGCUCUAAGCCUCCCUCCCCACCGGCCCACUGCAGCAUGGCAGGAGAGGACCAGGGGAGCUCUAGCCAGCAGCUCCGCCAGGAUCCUCUCACGAGAUCUGAGCGUUGACACGGCAACGCUCAGAUCUCGUGAGAGUGAACUCUAGCCCCGCAGGCUAGAGUUCACUCUCCACUGGACCACCAGGGAUGGGAGCAGGAACAAGGAUCCCCCUUCCUACAUAAGGUAAGAAGUGAGGGGAGAUAUUAAGUAUAUUUCUACCCCCACCUCCACCCCCACAAUCACCCAAACAUACAGCACCUACACAAAAACAGCACGCACACUACCAGCAUCCUCACACACAGCACCCUUACACACACACAGCAGUGUGUGUAUAUGUAUGUAUGUAUGUAUGUAUGUAUGUAUGUACACAAUGUUUACAGACUGACAGGAGGUGCUCACUGACAGUCAGCCCGGCCAGGAACAGAAAACUGAAGCUCUUGUAGGGUGUGUGUGUGUGUGUGUAUAUAUAUAUAUAUGCGGCGUGUGUUUGUGCUUUAGGGUGCACACCCUAAUGCAAUAGGCAGCGCACGCCCAUGACUGCCACCUUUUAAUUUAGUCCUCUACCAACAACCAUAUACCAGGAGAGGAGCUAGGAAGAAAGAAUUGUGCCAAUUUUUGGCUUGUUUAAAAACGUUUUGGUAAAUAGCUGUAAUAGAAAUAUCCGCUAGUAGAAGCUAUAAAUUACCAUCGUAUUUGCAAUCUUGUUGCUAAAUUUUUGUAGCCUAUUGCUAAUAAUAGUUACCGCUAAACAGGGCCGGCAUCAGUAGACAGCCUGCGAGGGAGCAGAGCGGGGAGAUUAGAGCUCCCUCACCGCCUCUGAUCUUACCACUGCCGCACGCCGCCCAGCAGCCCCACUAGACCCCAGGGAAAACCCAUCAUCCACACCAGCUCUCCAGGUAGGUAGGCUGGGUGGAGAAUGCUUAUUUAUAAAAAUAAUAAUUAGUGAAUGUACGUGAUGAGUGAGUGUGUGUGUGUCUGAGUGAUGUGUGUGCAUGUGAGUGUCUGUCAGUGUGUAUUUGUGAGUGUCUAUCAAAUCAGUGAGAGGAUGUUUGUCAUUGAGUCUGUGUGUGACUAUCAGUGUGUCUGUCAAUGAGUGUCAAUCAGUGUGUGUCUGUCAGUGUGUGUGUGUGUGUGUGUGUCAGAUCAAUGAGUCUGUGUCUGUCAGUGACGUCUGUGGGUUUGUCAUUGAGUCUGUGACUGUCAGUGUGUAUACACCACUGAGUGUAGCGUGGCAGAGCGGAGCGCGGUACAGGAGCUUCUGUUUCCUGUACCCAGCUAGACUGACAGGAGGUGCUCACUGACAGUCAGCCCGGCCAGGAACAGAAAACUGAAGCUCUUGUAGGGGAUCUGUUCCGCUUGGCAAUGCUACAAGAGAGGUAGGAGGCACACCAGGAGGGGGAGUGUGACCACUAAAGGGGUGGGGGGUGCACCAAGGAACAGGGAGGGAAUGGGAGAGAAUCACCAAGGGACAGGGAAAAAGGGGGGGGGAGAACACUAAGGGACAGGGAAGGGAGGAGACCACUAAUGGACGGGGGCGGUUAAGAGGCACAUAGGUGAAGAUUUUUUUGGGGGGGUGGCAGAAAAAUGCAUCUUCGUCUAUGUACCCAAAAAUCCUUGCACCGGCCCUGCCGCUAAACAUACCAAUCACCAUAUUAGUGGUUUGUUGCUAAUGUACAUAACACAUGACAGGAAAGUAGCUGCUGGCUAGUAAAAUGUUGUGACAGGGUUGUAAUUUUUUUUUGUUUGUUUGUUUGUUUCAAUAGAAUAUAUAGAGAUUUAGCUCUCAUUGACAGCUGAGACCUAAGCCUAGCGUUAAGUUUUAGCUAGUGGCAGCCAUUAAUGAGUAGUGACAGGGUUAUAAACCAGUCACACAUUAAAGGGCCAGUCCAGUCCCCUAAACACUUUAGCUUGCUGAAAAGUGUGUCCUCUUGUUUUGGAUUUUGCAACAAGUGCAGAUAGAAAUUAGCACUUUUAUAAAAACAACCUGGUUACACCCUCCUUGCUUUCAAGCAGACAGCAUGUCCUGCUACCUACUGGUUUGGUAAGCUCAGUGGAGAUAAACUCAAGAGGUAGCAAUUACCCAGAGCACCUACCUUGCAAGAGUUAUCAUUGGGAAGUCUGUGAUUGGACAGCCACAGAAAGUCUGGGCGGGGUUAAAAGCCAGCAGACAAGAGAACUGCAGCAGUUUUGCAAGCUGUUUUAGAUAUAACCCCAAUAAAAAAAAAUGCAUGCAAGUUUUAGUUUGGGGUAUAUCUACUAAACAGCAUUUUUUGUGUAUUUUGUGUUUGGAUAGUCCCCUUUGAAUGUCCCUUUUAAAUCAAUAAAUAGCAGCCAAAGCCUCCCAUACAGAAUUAUGGGGGCCAUUAGCCAUUACUUAGGAACUGACUGAUUUCAGUAGGUGCAGCCAGAAACUUUUCACAACACUAUGAAAAAGAAAGCCAAAUUUAAAUGUUUCUUUCAUUUUAGUAUCCCAAAAGCCUAGCAGAAGAAAGUACAAAGGUGGCCAUUGAAGUUGGGUAUCGUCACAUUGAUGGUGCUUUUAUAUAUGGUAACGAGGUUGAGGUCGGCCGUGCUAUAAGGGCAAAGAUUGCAGAUGGGACAGUCAAGAGAGAAGACCUAUUCUACACUGGAAAGGUAACUGAUUUUGUUUUGGCAUGUACAUUAUUAUUAUUAUUAUUAUUAGUAGUAGUAGUAGUAGUAGUAGUAGUAUUUAUAUAGUGCCAGCUUAUUCCACAGCACUUUACAAUAAAAGGGGAAUUCACCAAAUGAGACAAUAACAAACUGUAACAGGAACAAUAGGUAGUUGAGGACCGUGCUCAAACGAGCUUAUAGUCUAGAGGAGGUGGGGUAUAAAAACACAGGGUACUGAGAUAGACAGCAAAUAGACAUGUGGGAAAGUAGCAGAACUGGAGGUGAGAGUGGAGUGUGGCCCUUUAGGAGAGAGCAAGAGGAAGGUUUGACAGAAGUUACUCUUGGAGGCCAUAAGCAUUCCUGAAAAGAUGGGUUUUGAGGGACUUAUUAAAAGGAUUAAAGACUAGGGGAGAGCCUGACAGGGGUAGGCAGGCUGUUACAAAGGAAAGGAGCCGCCCAUGAGAAGUCUUUUAGGUGUGAAUUUGCAGUAAGGGUGCGAACAGCAGACAGGAGAAGGUCACCAGUAGAGCGGAGAGACAGAGAGAGGGCAUACCUAUGAAGAAAUGUAAGAGGGGCUAGACUUGGUUAGAGCUUUAUAGGUAAAGGUUAGUAUAUUACAUUUACACCUUUAGGUUACAGGAAGCCAGUGUAAGGAUUAUCAGAGAGAUGAGGUGUGAGAGGAGCGACAGGAGAGAAAGAUCAACCUGGCAGCACCAUUCACCACAGAUUGUAGGGGGGCAGUACGGCUUCUGGGUAGACCAAUUAGGAAAGAAUUACAGUAAUCAAUGCAAGAGAUUACAAGAGCAUGAACAAACUCCUUGGCAGCAUCUUGAGUAAGAAAUGGGCGUAUGCAGGCAAUGUUUAGGGAAGUUGGAAUUGACUGAACAUUAGGCGCAAAGGUGAGGAUCAAGUGACACCAAGUCUGGGAGCUUGAAAUGAUGGGGUGAGUCAGGUACCGUCAUCCUGCAGGGAGAGUGAAGGAGGAGGAUCAUUGUUAUGAGGAAGAAAAAUAAGAAAAUCAGUUUUAGAGAGAUUGAGCUUCAGAAAGCGGGAGGAAGGACAUCCAAUCAGAGAUAGAAGAAAGGCAAUUGGUGAAACGCUGUAGGACAGCAGGGGAGAGGUCAGGGGAGGAGAGAUAUAUCUGGGUGUCGUCAGCAUACAGGUGGUGGUAGAAUCAAAAUGAAUUAAUGAGUUUGCCAAGAGAGGCAGUAUAGAGAAAGAACAAAAGAGGACCAAGAUCUGAACAUUGAGGGACUCUGACUGAGACAGGAUGAGGAGAGGAGGUGCUGUUGGAAAAAGAGACACUAAAGGAGCGUUGGGAGAGAUAGGAGGAGAACCAUGAGAGGACUGUGUCACAGAGACCAAAAGAUUGUAGCGUUAGGAAAAGGAGGCCAUGAUCAACAGUGUCAGAGACAGCAGAGAGGUCAAGAAGAAUUAGUAUGGAGUAGUGGAUUUGGCUGGGAUUAGGUGAUUUGUAACUUUAAUAAGAGCAGUCUCAGUAGAGUGGAGGGGGAGAAAGCCAGAUUGAAGAGGAUCGAGUGUAACAGAUCACCUGGCACCCCGACUGGGUACCUCAGUUGAAGGAUGCUCCUAACGCUUACAGAGGGCUCCAAGCGCUCCACAGACACCACAACCACUGCAGACCCAUGACUCGCCGCAGCUUGGUUGGGGUCUCGCCAUCUCAUACCCACCCUGGACCUACGACAAGGCUCCAGGUUCCAGUGGGUGAACCUCUUCUCUAAGAGAAGGAAACAGGAACAAGAUCUUAAAAGAGCUUAGAAGUGAUUAUCCAAGGGAGCAUGCAAUGCAUUGCAAUUCCUCCAAUAAGAGACAGGACCCUCUAGAUUGAGGGUGAAGAAGAACUCUAUUACUUGGCACCAAAGGGCCUUCUUUUAUGCAAGUUUUCCCUACAUAGGACCACCCACAGGGUUUUACACAACAACCAAUCAUAAACUUACAUUACAGAAACACUCCCAGCAAUUACCCACAAAAAUCCUCCCCUCCGCCUGUGAUCCAAUUAUGGCACACAAUGCUUAACAUAAUUAAUACAGGCAGGAAAAAUACAGUUUUUAUAUAUGUACUAUAACUUUCAAAAUAUACAUCCAAUAAAAACUGCAUAUUAUUAAUCAGCAUACUUGAAAUAUAAACAUACUCAAAAAUCAUGCAAAUCCUUCCAUUAGUUCAAAAGUUAGUCGGAAGUCCUUUGUGACCGACAGCAGGCACAUUUUCCUGCCCAAAACAGUUCCAUAGAUUUGGGCUGUGCAGUCGGUCAAUUUCACACUGAAAAAAUGACUAAGUCCCAUUCGAAUGUGCAUUCGAAUCUUCGAACGGGACUUAGUCUCUGCAGCUGAAAACGGAGUGUAGGAGAAGGUAAGGGUCAGCGGUGUUCGUUGAAAUGUGUAGCCGAUUUCAGUUCCAUGGAUUUGGCUACACAUACCGCUGACCUCGUUUAAAUUAACAAAGAUGGCCGCCGCCACGUGUUCGUUUGUCGAAUGGCGGCCACUUCAAGUACUUCGGCUGCAUCUGAAGUGCCAAUUUAAAGCUGCAGAACUGCUCCAAUACAACUUAAAGGGGCAGCAAAAGUCAUUUUAAAAUCCAAUCUGCCAAAAUAGUCUUUAACAGGCAAUAUCUUCCAGGGGCCAUAGUCUUAAAGGGACAUUGUUCACCAAAGUCACAAUGUGCCCACAGACGGUUCUUAAAGGGCCAUAGUUGCAGGGCAGGAGGCUGGCAAACCGGCCCCUCCAAAAACCAGUGGCGAGGUUACUUUCGCCACAUCGAGGAGGGAGUUGUAAUUUAGGAAGUGAGUCAUACAAGUAAAGACAAGUCUUUCUAGAAGCUUUGAGGAAAAAGGAAGCAUAGUUUGACAUGGACGACUGGCCUAGGGAUGGCUUUUUUUUUUUAGGAUGGGUAUGACGGUAGCAUGCUUAAGGGGAGAAGGGAUAAUACCAGAUGAAAGAGAGCAGUUUAGGAUGUGUGUUAAGGAUGGUUCAAGACAAGGGGUGAGAGCUCUGAUGAGGUAGGAAAGUCCUGGAUCAAGCAGACAGGUGGUGGGACGAGAGGAGAGGAGAAGUGCAGCCACCUCCGGUUCAGUAGCUGGAGCGAAGUCUUGGAGAGUAGGGGUGGUAUGGUACAAGUGAGGUUGAGUUAGAGAGGUGUGAAGGAGGGGGAAUUAAUUCCUUAACUGUUUAAUGGGUACACGUUAUUUAGGAAGGAUAGGAAAAACAAGAAGGGUGGUGGGGUAUGUUUAUAUGUCAACCGUGAGUUAAAGUCAAAUCUUAGGCAUGUGGAGUGUGACGAGGAAAAGGUGGAGGCUUUAUGGGUAGAUAUCUGCUUGGGGAAAACAAAGGGAAAUCAAUUAUUGGUUGGGAUAUGUUAUAAACCACCUAAUGUAAAUAUUAAUGAGGAAGAACAGCUGUUAGAGCAAAUUGAGAAAGCUGCAAAUCGAGGUAACACGUUAAUUAUUGGAGAUUUUAAUUAUCCAGACAUAAAUUGGGAAAGAGGGACUAGUACUUCAGCAAGGGGAAUCAGGUUUUUGAAUGUGUUAAAUGACACCUUUAUGUCACAACUGGUACAAGCACCAACUAGAAAGGAUGCUUGUCUGGAUCUUGUCAUAACAAACAAUGUUGAUCUUUUAACCAACAUUCAAGUAGGGGAGCAUUUGGGAAAUAGUGAUCACAAUAUGGUAAAUUUUGAAAUAAACUCAAAAAAGCAAAAGCAGGUGGGGUAUACUAAAACAUAUAAUUUUAAAAAAGCCAAUUUCAAUAAGAUUAGGGCAGCUCUACAACAUAUCGACUGGCAUAAACUCCUUAGUGAUAAAAACACUGAGGAUAAAUGGAAACUAUUCAAACAUAUAUUAGAAAGGUACAUUUCUCAGUAUGUACCAUUGGGUAAUAAAUAUAAAAGAAACAAAUUAAAACCAAUGUGGCUUAGUAGAGAAGUAAAACAAGAGAUUAAAAAUAAGAAAAGGGCAUUUAAAGCAUUUAAAUCAGACAAAUCAAAGGCAUCCUAUUUAAGAUAUAAGGAAGCCAAUAACACUUGCAAAAAGGCAAUUAAAGUGGCUAAACUAGAAAAUGAGAAAUUGAUAGCUAAAGAAUGCAAAACCAACCCCAAAAAUUUUUUCAAGUACAUCAAUUCUAAAAAAACAAAAAAUGAAAGUGUAGGUACACUUGAAACAGUUGGGUUUAUUAGCUAAUGAAGACCAGGAAAAAGCAGAAAUUUUAAAUAACUAUUUUUCUUCAGUAUAUAUUUAUGAGGAUCCUAUGGCAAGAGAUAUGCAAAUGUUUGCUGCAAAAAACUUGCAGAUAACUUGUGACUGGAUAACUCGAGACAAGGUGCUACAGCUAUUAAAGAAAAUUAAUGUAAAUAAAGCUCCGGGACCUGACUGUAUUCACCCACGAGUACUUAAGGAGCUAAGUGGGGAAAUAAGUGAACCUCUGUAUUUAAUUUUUCAAGAUUCUUUUGUUUCAGGUGUUGUACCGGAGGAUUGGAGGAAGGCAGAUGUUGUUCCUAUAUUUAAAAAGGGUUCAAAAUCCUUGCCUGGAAAUUAUAGACCUGUGAGCUUAACAUCUGUAACUGGGAAAAUAUUUGAAGGGCUAUUAAGGGAUAAUAUUCAGGAGUUCAUUGGGAAGAACUUUGUUAUUAGCAAUAAUCAGCAUGGUUUUAUGAAACAUAGGUCAUGUCAAACUAACCUAAUUGCAUUCUACGAAGAAGUAAGUAGAAGUAUAGAUCAGGGUGUUGCAGUGGAUGUGAUCUACUUGGACUUUGCCAAGGCAUUUGAUACGGUUCCUCACAAUAGGUUAGUCUUCAAACUAAAAGAAAUUGGUCUAGAUGAAUAUUCCUGUUCUUGGGUAGAACAUUGGCUUAAGGACAGAGUACAACGAGUUGUAAUUAAUGGUAAAUUUUCAGGCUGGACAAAAGUGGUAAGUGGUGUCCCUCAGGGUUCUGUUUUGGGACCACUUCUAUUUAACAUAUUUAUAAAUGAUCUUGAAAUAGGCAUUGAAAGCCAUGUAUCAGUGUUUGCAGAUGACACAAAACUUUGUAAAGUAAUAAAAUGUGAGCAGGAUAUUGCUUUGCUGCAGAGAGAUUUGGAUAGAUUGGGGGACUGGGCACUAAAAUGGCAGAUGAAAUUUAACAUAGAGAAAUGCAAAGUUAUGCACUUCGGGGUUAAGAAUGCACAAGCAACUUACACACUAAAUGGUAGUGAAUUAGGGAUAACCACACACGAGAAGGAUUUGGGAAUUGUUAUAGACAACAAAUUAGGCAGCAAUAUGCAAUGUCAAUCUGCAGUUGCUAAGGCCAGUAAGAUUUUGUCAUGUAUAAAUAGGGGCAUAAAUUCUCGGGAUGAAAAUAUAAUUUUGCCUCUUUAUAAAUCGCUGGUAAGACCACACCUUGAAUAUGCUGUGCAAUUUUGGGCGCCUGUUCUAAAGAAGGAUAUCAUGGCACUGGAGAGGGUCCAGAGACGAGCUACAAAAUUGAUAAAAGGAAUGGAGCAUUUUAGUUAUGAAGAAAGGUUAAAAAAAUUAAAUCUGUUUAGUUUGGAAAAACGGCGCCUGAGAGGGGAUAUGAUAACUUUAUACAAAUAUAUUCGGGGCCAGUACAAACCUUUAUCUGGAAAUCUAUUCAUAAACAGGGUUAUACAUAGGACACGAGGUCACACAUUUAGGCUGGAAGAAAGGAGAUUUCAUCUAAGGCAAAGAAAAGGUUUUUUUACAGUAAGAACAAUAAGGAUAUGGAAUUCUCUGCCUGAAGAGGUGGUUUUGUCAGAGUCCAUACAGAUGUUUAAACUGAAAUUGGAUAAAUACUUACAAAAACAUAACAUACAGGGAUAUAAUUUCUAAUUAGUGGGGUAAUAGCUGCUUGAUCCAAGGAGACAUCUGACUGCUAUUUUGGGGUCAAGAAGGAAUUUUUUCCUAGUUUGUGGCAAAAUUGGAAGUGCUUCAGACCAGGUUUUUUGCCUUCUUUUGGAUCAACAGCAACAACAUUUGUGAGGAAGGCUGAACUUGAUGGACGCAAGUCUCUUUUCAGCUAUGUAACUAUGUAACUAUGUAAUCUGUUCAGUAAAGUAACAUGUAAAGCUAUCAGCUGAAAGAUUAGUUUGUAGGGUGGUCACAGCAGGGCGACGAAGAGUUAAAAGUAUUAACCCCUUAAGGACACAUGACAUGUGUAACAUGUCACGAUUCCCUUUUAUGCCAGAAGUUUGGUCCUUAAGGGGUUAAAGAGAUAAAACCAUAAAUACAAAGGGAGACCAAUAGUGCAGACAGAAAAAACUAAAUACUAUAAAAAGGGGAACUAUAAAACACUCACAAACACAGAAGUAAAAAGGCAGGGUAUAAUCAGUCUUCUUCAAGUGCUUCUUCUUUUUCUUGUGUGUAAAGAUGAGUACAUAGAACAAAGCACAGAAAAAAAACAUAGUGUAUAGCUGUAUGGUAUUCGAAAAAUUGCUUUAUUAUAUGCACUUACAAAAUAAAAGAAGUAAAAGGGCUCAUCAAUUCAAAUCACAUCCGCUGUCUGCCAUCCAGAACAAGUUAAACGCCAAAGGAAGGAGACAAAAUGAAUGAAAAGAGUCCAAAAUAAAAGAAUUUACAAGUCGUGAAAUAAAGCUUGCCAUCCUACGCAUUUCGUCUAGAAGACUCCGUCAGGGGCUCCUGGCAACAAUACACAAUACACAUACAAUUACAUUUAAAUACCCUGCCAUGAAAAAACCUUUAACCAAUCACAAAACAAAACUUCUAAUUAAGUCCACCUGAAAGUAAUUUCUUCUAUCUCAUUCCGUUCCCUUUUCGCGCUUCUUGAAAGCGCUUGCGUCCCAAGCCUCACUCUCAGUAGUGCCGGAAAAGACCACCGGUCCGCAUUCGGAGCGCUUGAGUUACGUCAUUACCGGGCGCCACCGGAAGUUGUCACAGGUCCAGAAGGAAAAAUCACUCUCUUUGGAACGCAAAUGCGUUCCACUUCAAAUCGAAAAGUCAAUGGAACUUCUAAAAAUGGGAUGCACAUGAACUCACAAAAAAAGAAAAAAGAGAAGCUUAAAAAGUCUUCAUAAAAAUAAAUAUGAAAAAUGAAAAAUAAUAAAUAAAAAAUAAAGAAAAUAAAAAACAAAAAUAAAACCUCAUAAAAACCCACAUCAAAGAGAAGAGGUUAAAGAGAUGCCUAGGAUUGCGAGAGCAUGAACUAAUGAGAAAAGAAAAGUAGGACGGUUUAGCAAGGGUGAGGGCUGCACUGUAUGAGUGCAAGACAAAUUUAUAGUGUAGAAAGUCUGACAAGGUGCAAGCAUCUCUGCAGGUAGAGGGUUGACUUAGUGUGUCACGGUUGGAUGCGCGCCCUCCUUGAGGAGCAUGCUUGGAGCAGGGUUGCAGCGUCUAGGGCAGAGGUGAGGGUAGCAUUAUAUGGAGAGAUAGCGAGAGAGGGACAGGAGAAGGUAGGGAUGGAUGAGAGUUUGGAAUGGAGAUCAGCUGAGGGUUGCUGGAGGUCAAGACAAUAUAGAUUCCUUCUAAGUUGCGAGGGUUAGGUUGAGGAUAUUGGGUGUGGGGUCACUCAAUAACAAAUUAUGCAUUUGAAAUUGUAUUAUAGCAAUUGUUAUGCUCUGUAAAUCUAGUGUAUCAGCAGUUUUAGUUUAUAUGACUAAUUUGAUAUUGGCAGUUAUACCCAUUAUUUAUUUAUUUAAAAAAAAUUAAGAUACAAUUUAAUAACCAUGUAAUAUUUUUUUUUAUUAUUAUUAUUAUUUUAUCUAUAGUAUAUUUUAUUGUAACUUUUCACAAUUUGCCUUUUCAGCUGUGGAGCACAUUCCAAACCCCAGAACUGGUUCGCCCAGCUGUUGAAAAAUCCCUGAAAUCACUUGAAUUUGACUAUUUGGAUUUGUUCAUUAUUCACUCACCUGUAGAACUCAAGGUUUGCUUGUCUGAUGACUAUCAAUUUGAAUUAAAAUUUUGUUAAUGCAUUUUAUGAUUUAAAAUGUCCAACCUUGUUAACCACUUAAAGGAACACUCCAAGUACCAUAACCACUACAUCAAGCUUGACUCCUAGGCAGAUUGAGAAAAAAAGUCCUUCUGGCCAAAGUCACUGUACCAAUUAUGUUGUAUAAUUCCUCUCUCACUUCCAAUACUUCCAUUUGGUAUCCCUUGAAAGUAACUCAGUCUGAGUUAUGUAAUAAUAAUGAAUGCAGUAUCCUUGUGUCAACUCUUCAAAGAACUAACAUAGAAUUUUAUCCCCUUGUCCAGAUAAGUCUUGUACUACGAUCUCUCACGGCUAUAGCCCCAAAGUAACAUAUACGUGUUAACACAUAUAUACACACACUCUCUUAAAUCAAUCCCAGAGAUACAUAAUCAUAAUAUUUUUCCCAAAACAUAGGUGGGCUGUUGAGGGUAGAUAAGUGCCAGGAGCCUUGGCCAGUUUUCCAUGUAGUCUAGUCAGCCUCCAAGGCUUGAUAACAGAGCUGCGGGAAUAGUUAUAGAGGGUGUUACAUUCAGUGCUGUCCCAGCUCCUCCAGACUCAGUGGCGUCGCUAGGGGGGGGGGGGCCAGAGGGGGCCAUGGCCCCCCCUACAUCAUGUUGUGCCCCCCCAAAUGCCAGCAACUUGCUGGCAAUGUUCUUACAUUCUAUUCCCUCGGGCUGUAACAGUGUGUUACAGCCCGGGGGAGGGAAUGCAGGGCAGAGGAGCUCAGCUGGAACGGUGCUGGGGGCUGUCUGUGGCCAGAGGGAGCACUGGCAGGCUCCUCGGCACAGGCCCCGCCCCCAAACGAAGCCCCGCCUCCCGCUGUUAAGCAGCAGACCAUGCUGCUGCUGGAAAGGCAAGAAGAUGGCUGUCUGACCCCCAGCAACAGGUAGGCUUGAUAUCAUCAGGUGUCUGUGUCUGUCUGUCUGCUAGUGAGGAAGCUUGUGUGUCUGUGUGUGUGUGUGUAUGGACUCAGCAGUGUCUGUGUGUGGACUCAGCAGUGCGUGUGUGUGUGUGUGUGUGUGUGUGUGUAUGAACUCAGCAGUCUGUGUGUUUGUGUGUGUAUGGACUCAGCAGUCUGUGUGUUUGUGUGUGUAUUGACUCAGCAGUGAGUGUGUGUGUGUGUAUUAACUCAGCAGUCUGUGUGUGUGUAUGGACUCAGCUGUCUGUGUGUGUGUGUGUGUAUGGACUCAGCUGUCUGUGUGUGUGUGUGUGUAUGGACUCAGCUGUCUGGGUGUGUGUAGGGACUCAGCAGUCUAUGUGUCUGUGUUUGUAUGGACUCAGCAGUGUGUGUGUGUGGACUCAGCAGUCUGUGUGUGUGGACUCAGCAGUCUGUGUGUGUGUGUAUGGACUCAGCAGUCUGUGUGUGUGUGUGUGUAUGGACUCAGCAGUCUGUGUGUGUGUGGGGUGGGGACUCAGUCUAUGUGUCUGUGUUUGUAUGGACUCAGCAGUCGUGUGUGUGUGUGUGUAUGGACUCAGCAGUCUGUGUGUGUGUGGGGUGGGGACUCAGCAGUCUAUGUGUCUGUGUUUGUAUGGACUCAGCAGUCUGUGUGUGUGUGGACUCAGCAGUCUGUGUGUGUGUGUGUGUGUGUGGACUCAGCAGUCUGUGUGUGUGUGUGUGGACUCAGCAGUCUGUGUGUGUGUAUGGACUCAGCAGUCUAUGUGUCUGUGUUUGUAUGGACUCAGCAGUCUAUGUGUCUGUGUUUGUAUGGACUCAGCAGUCUGUGUGUGUGUGGACUCAGCAGUCUGUGUGUGUGUGUGUGGACUCAGCAGUCUGUGUGUGUGUGUGUGGACUCAGCAGUCUGUGUGUGUGUGUGUGUAUGGACUCAGCAGUCUGUGUGUGUGUAUGGACUCAGCAGUCUCUGUGUGUGUGUGUGUGUGUAUGGACUCAGCAGUCUGUGUGUGUAGGGACUCAGUGUUAAGACCUACAGUGGUUAUGGUGCUGCGGUUUUCUGUUCCUUUUCCCAACAGCUGAGCAUAAGUGAUUAUAGCUGCAGCAGGGAGUAGAGGAAUAGGGUAGAUGAAUGCAGUUCCAAGAUGAUUCUUCCCCAGCAAAUAGAAUAUCCACCAAACAUGAGCCUAGACUUCAUGAAGGGUGUAACAGGAAUGAUCUUUAUUGAAAACACACUGGCAUUUAUGAGAACUCCGCCUGCAAGAGAACCUCCCAGAGCAAACAAAGACAAUAACCAAUCACCAUACAGUUUUCCAGUAAUACCUGCCUUCUCUCUCCUGGGAGAUAUUGAGAUAAGUUAAGGAAUAAAUCAAUUAUCUCCAGGCAGAGGGCAUGCAAUUUCCCCAAAACUUAGAACACCCCUUUCCACACAAGGUAUCCCCACAAAUUACAUAUCCCCUGAUAGCCCCGAUCUGGGGGACAAACAUAUCCAAAUUUCACCCAGAUCGGUUCAGGGGUUCUUAAAAAGUAUGGAGGACACAUUUUACCGACCACACAUGCGGCUCCUGCCCAAAACAGUUCCACGAAUUCAGCGUGUGUGGUCGGUCAAUUCAGAAAAAGGUAAAAAAAUGAACAAAGUCCUGAAUGGAUCCUCCUGGCUCAUAGGAGCGAUUGCUCCCCUUGUCCGUAAGCACAGAACUACCGAAUGGUGCUCUCCUGGCUGUUCGGCAACUAAAGGAAGCAGGCUUCGGUAGUUUCAGCGGUGGUUCGGGAGGUCAAGUGUCCGAUUUUAGUUCCAGACACUCGACGACCAAGUCCAGCUGACUCCCCUCGUACAAACAAGAUGGCCGCCGUUUUCUAUUCCACUUGGUGUUCUGCUAUACGAACAGCGGCCGCCCAGGGAGCACUUAAUAGACGGUUCCUUUGUAGUUAAUGAGCCAGGAGGUCUAUUUUCUUCACACUCAGCAGUCUGUGUCUGUGUUUGUAUGGACUCAGCAGUCUGUGUCUGUGUUUGUAUGGACUCAGCAGUCUGUGUGUGUGUGUGUAUGGACUCAGCAGUCUGUGGGUGUGUGUGUGUGUGGACUCAGCAGUCUAUAGGUCUGUAUUUGUAUGGACUCAGCAGUUUGUGUGUGUAUGGACUCAGCAGUCUGUGUGUGUAUGAACUCAGCAGGCUGUGUGUGUAUGGACUGUAUCAAGGGAAAUGUGUUUGUUUUUUAUAAUCCUUGGUGGAAAAUAAUGAAUUCUCCACCAGGGAUUAUAAAAAUAAAAAAAAAACACACAUUGUGUCGGGGGUGGGGCUUAACAUGCGGCAGGGGCGGGAUCAAACUGCGGUGAGGGCGGGUUUAAAUGUGCCCCCCUACUUUUGUCCCUGGCCCACCAUGUGCCCCACCUAAAAAUGAAUCCUAGAGACACCACUGCCUCCAGUGUCUGUGUGUAAGGCAGGGGAUCAUUUUCCAUCUGCUCACUAACCACGUCUCACACAGGAAAAUGCCUUGCAGGAGUGAUAUGCACUGUAUAACAACAACAGUUCUGCUAUCAAUCAAAUGAGAGUGAGUGCUUUACAAAUAACCAGACUUCACAUGCCUGUACACUGUACAAAUUCCAGCACUCAAAGCCUAAACCUGGAAAUAAAAACUCCUUUACCUUAACCCUAGGUUUAACUCCUCUUAAAAAUGAAAUAUUCAAUGUGACACAAAAUUUUAAGCCCACGCUAUCCCUGAACCCAAUGAUUCUGUGAAUACGAUUUUGAGUGGCUCCUGACCUUUAGCCCCUUAAGGACCAAUUUUCUGGAAUAAAAGGGAAUCAUGACAUGUCAUACAUGGCAUGUGUCCUUAACGGGUUAAAGAGAUAUGUGAGAAUCAGAGCCAUAUAAAUUAUCUGUUUAAUUAAAUAGUAUAAUUAUAUUAUUUUCAUUCUUUAGCCUGGAGAUGAUCAUUUUCCAACUGAUGAAAAUGGAAAAGCUAUUUAUAACAACACAGACAUUCGAGAUACGUGGAAGGUAGGAAUAUUUAAUCAACAGACUGUGUAUCAUGUGGGUAGAGACUGUGAAGUUCAAAUAAAUAUCAUACCUAGAUGAUGUCUAAGUUUGAAAUAGUUGACAAAACCAGUAUAAAAGAGCACAUUUUUGUGAUGGAAUUUUGAUUAGCAGCAUGGGUGGCCAGCUUUAUCUGGUAAUUAAAAAUGCAGAAUAGCUUUCUAUAUCAAUAAAUACAAUACAACAAUUUACAAAAACCUAAAUACCUUAUAAUAGUUAUAACCUACAAAACAAAUUAGUAAUGCAACAUAUGACUAUGCAAGCCAAGCCAGGGUUCUCUCAUGCGGAAGACUGUGUAGCUAUUUUGUUUAAAAUAUACUUUGUCUUUUCACAUAUUUUGUUUGUUUUCAUCUCUCUUUAUUGCUGUGUGAAUUUGGAUCAGUAUUUCUCAUUCAUUUUGGCAGAUAAGUUGAGGAAGUGGUAAACGUUAUUUGAGCAAAUUGCUUUAUUUUUUUAUAUUACUUUCUAUUGUAAUAUUUUAUAUUUAAGUGCUCUACUUAUUGAAUUAAUUCUGAAAAUGACACCCCACAUAAUGUUCUAUCUACAGAUGCUAACUCCGCAAGUCACUCUCAAUAACUACCAGAUCCCUAGCAAUGGGUCUGCCUUUCUUUGUUUUUUCUUUCUUUUUUGAUCUUGAUUUCCUUGACAUUUAUUUUAUUUAAAUUCUUUAUUUUUGUGGUCUGAGCAUAUCACAACUGUAAAGCGAAAAUAUCAAUGCUUACAUGAGUGGUGCGACAAUCACUCCACAAGUAUAGUAACGACCUGUUGUGUUUUUUUUUUUUUUACAUAUAUUAACUGUGAGACCCUGCGUGUCUAUAGUCAAUAGCUAUAACAGUGAAUCAGGGGGACAGGUACAAGGCUUUGUGUGCCUGCAGUUUGACAAAGCAACGUGCCGACUGCGUGUUGGCACCGAUAUGCGUUCGCUUUCUGCAUGUGAGCUACUCGUAACUUUGGCCGGCUCCGGCCAGGAGAGUAUGUAGUAAAGGCUCCGAGACUGAACGUGUGAGGGAACAUGUACUGCAAGAAAGGGGCAUCUUGGCACAUUCAGUCUGGCUUAUGGGGGGGUUCACAACUGGGCAGUAUGCACGUCAAAUGCUUACAGAGCCAGAGUGCUUGGGAGACUUAAAGUCCAACACCUAAGUAUGAAAAAGUAAACCAUAAUGCAUUUAACAGUAGUGUCAGCCACCCUUGGCAUCAGGUAGGAGAGUCAGUAGUCUCUGGUGCUGCCCGUCUAGGCACAAAGGGGGUGAUUCUCUCCACCGUCCAGGAUGAUUGUGCGUUCUUCUUCGCGGUCCCCAUCGGUAAACCAAAGGAGUGGAGGAACCUCGUUGCCUCUGAAAUGUGUGUCAGGAGAGGCGUCUGGUCGUUCCUGUCCGCCAUCAAUCGGUGCAGGGCCCACUUGUAGGGGAUAGAGUGUUCUCUCAGUUGUGUAACUGGUCGGAGCGCACUCUGCCAGAUGAGGGUACCUCUAGAAAAAGUAUCUGUAAAAGACUAGGUGUGCUCCCUCAAAGGGUAUUGUGGGACAGCUUUUAACAGCGCCCUUGAGCAUCCCUUGGUCUGAGUCCUUUGCAAACUUCAGCAAUACAUCCAUAGUUGCAUCUUUGGGAAACGGAAACAAGUAUCCACCACAAGCUGUUUUGCCUGUUUUGGCGGCAGGAGUGUGGCAAUAAGCCUCCUGCAGUAAUGGGGUAGUUCAGCAUUUAAGAUGGUGUCGGGGUGCUUUAGCCCUGUCUUCCAUGCUAGCCUGUUGUGCUCUCAAAUCGUCACUUCUCUUUUGUAGUGAACCAAGAGCAGCAUCUGUGGCAGAUUGUGCCAGUUUGGUGCCACCUGUCUCCCUCCAUCGCUUCCACUCUGCCAGUAAGUGUUGUGACGUCUUCCUGAACUAGGGCCAUAUCUGCCUGGAACAUGGCUUUAAUGUCCUGCCUCAAUGCUUGUAUGUCUGCUUUAGUAGAGGGGGCAGAGUCACCCUCCUCCAGAGGUGCCCGGGAUACAGAGCGUACCUGGAAUGGGGCUAGAGGCAGGUCCUGGAGGCUGUCGUCUUCCGACGAAGCAGAGAAGUAGGCCCAAGCCGGCGCAUCUUGGAAGGUGCUGACCGCUCGGUUGGCUGCAUGUACGCACCAAUGUCUCUGGAACCGGAGCCCAAAUCCGCCCGGUGCUUUUAAUUUGUUUUCCCUCGUGGGUUAAGGAGUCCAUGGAGCCCCACUGGACCCUUGUGAGUAAGUAAUUGGCUACAAAAAGCCUUGUUAGUCGGGGCAAGCUUAUGGAGCUGCACAGUAAUGCGUCCUGCUCGAUCGGGCGCUGCCUCCACCCCCUCAACAUUUAUUUUAAUCUUAUUUGAAUAAGUAAAAUGGUUCAGACAUGGUUAGAGGUUUUUCUAAUGCACCUAUAAUUGUAAAAUUAGUUGUAUGUUUUUUUAAUAAAGUAUAAUAUAUAUAUAUAUAUAUAUAUAUAUAUAUAUGAAAGCCCUCUAAACAGGAUCAUAAUUAUUUUGAUUCUUAAGAUUAAUUCACUUUAUUUCUCUAUCCCUUUACUGAAAGGUAAUUCCAUGCAUUUUAACAAGUGUUAUAUAGGUUAUCAGCAUAUAUGUGAAGUGGAGUGCUUACAAGAAAAAAAAAUAAGCAUGCAUGCAUGUAUAGUUUACCCCUCUUUGGUGUAAUAAUGCAGGAGCUAUAGAAAAAAAAAUGGAACUUAGAAAAGUGGUUCUGAAUCUUUUUGUUUUAUGGAUGAUAAUUAUAACAACUUACAUGGUCAUGAGCCUGUAAGAAACUGGCUCAGUUAGUAGUGCCGGUAUGCUCUUAAAGGCAGCAUCGCAAAUCUCCUUGGAUAAGGAUAGAAGUACUCCAAAUAUGAGGAAGAACGAAAAAAAAAAAAAAACUUUACACUUUUUUUUUUUAUUCCUCAAUUUACACUUUUAUCCUUAUUUUUGUAUCUUCUAAGCACUCCAGUUCACAUAUAGGCUGAUAACCUAUGUAACACUUUUGUAUUUUGUUAUUUAGAUGUGGGGAGGGGUUAUUCCCACUCAGAUGUUUCAGUGCUGCUUUGUUCACCAAUUAAAUAUUUUUUUUUUUUUAAGCGCUAUACAUACAUUUCCUCAUUAAGAGGAUCACCUGGUUGUAUAAAUUCCAUGCAUUUACUAUUCUUUCUGUUUUAUAGGCUUUGGAGGAUUGUAAAGAUGCAGGACUGGUUAGAUCUAUUGGGGUGUCAAAUUUUAAUAAAAGGCAGCUCGAAUUAAUUCUAAAUAAGCCAGGACUAAAGCACAAACCAGUUUGUAACCAGGUAAUAACUAUUUCCUUGAUAACUUCCUUCUCCUAUUGCUACAGUGGUCUCCGUUUCCUAAAUAUGCUUUAACAUCUGAAAAUAAAGUGGUUGGGUUGUUUGCACUUGGGACUACACUGUACCGUGCAAGAAACUAAUGUCAGCGUUCAUUCAAUAAUGCCAUAGUUUAAACUGCUCUUUAAUUUUUUUUAAAUGGACACUCACUAUAGUCACCAGAACAACAGCUUAAUAUAGUUUUCUGGUGAGUAUAGUAUGUCCCUGCAGUCAUUUCCAUGCAAACACUGCCUUUGCAGCACUCCCUAUGGACACCUCCAGUGGUUGUCACUCAGACGGCCACUAGUGGUGAUUUCUGGGUUAGUGCUGCACGUUCAGCAUCUCCACGCACUGCAUGGAGGCACCAAACGUUCCCCAAAGAGAUGCAUUGAUUGAUGAGGAGAUGUUGACUGGCAAGAAAGGCGUUUAAACUACCCCCCUAAUCUCAGCCCAUCCAAUGCAUUCCUAUGGGAAAUCAUUGGAAUGGGUGAGAUUGUCAAUUCUGAUUAUCUCAGCCAUAGAGGUGGAUCAGGGGCAGAGGCAGCGUGGGUAUACCCACACGGUGCCGGAAUAAAAGUAAGUUUAUUACCUUUUAAAGGGGGUAUUGGAGGGUCGUCCACUAAAAUAGUGUUUUUAACACUGUAGUGUCAGGAAUACACAUUUAUAUUUCUGACCCUAUAGUGUUCCUUUAAUAAUAAGGUUAGUUUGAGUCUGUUGUAAGUAAGUAAGUAAGCAGCAAAUUCACUUUUCAAUAAUUUGACCUGAGUUAAAUUGUUGGUUAUAUAGAGGAACUUCCUUGGUUUAUUUAGUGAAGGUUCACCAUCAGAAUAUAAUUAAAAUGUGCUGUAUUAUUGAAGAGCUGUAUUAUUGUAUGCGCUGUGAGAUAUAUACAUAUAUAUAUUGUCCCUUUUUAUAUCAUAUGCCAAGCUGUUAAUAUCAAGGAAGAAAUGCCCAAGCAAGCAUGCCUGAAAAUACUAUAGUUUUGUACUAUAUUAAGAAAUGUUCCCCUCACACGCCUAUCAUUAUCUUGUGUAUAUAUCUAAAUUAACAAGUUUCAUCUGUAGGUGGAAUGUCACAUCUACCUGAAUCAGGCCAAGUUGCUCGAGUUCUGCAAGUCUAAGGAUAUUGUGCUGGUGGCAUACAGUGUUCUAGGGUCCAGCAGGGCUGAAAAGUGGUAAGGAAAUAGCAUGAACUUUUUAAUUUUUAGUACAUAAAAUGCUGUCCAAUCCAAGAUAAUAUAUUGAUUGUUCCAGAAUGUUAACCAAACACAAUUGCUCACCUUUAAUGAGGUCUAUUUUCUACAUAAUUACCUGAGUUGCUGCCAGGUAACUGCUUUAGCAUUGACCUCUCAAAACAGAUUCAUGAUGUGAGUCAUUCAAACAUUUUUUUUUUUCAACACUUAUAGGGUAGAUGCAAAUUCUCCUGUUCUCCUCGAGGACCCUGUUUUAAAUGCAGUUGCUAAAAAGCUCAGCAGGACUCCGGCCCAAAUAGCCAUGCGCUAUUUACUUCAGAGAGGCAUUGUUGUUCUGGCAAAAAGCUACACCCCAGAGAGGAUUAAACAUAAUUUCCAGGUAAAAGAAAAUUCGAUCACUAUGAUCAAAUAAUAAUCACAUUCAAUAGUGUCACACUCUGAGGCACUGUUGCCUCUCAAUCAGCUGUCAAAAUUCUGUAAACAUCCUUGGCAAUGAACUUCCAAAGCUUUUUUUUAUAUAAAAGAACUUUAAUAAUGUUAUAAAAAAUAAUUAGAUUUGGAAAUUAGUCUCAGGCCAAAUUUAAUUUUGUCUAAAUUCAGGCUGAUUGGAUGAUCGCCCAAAAGUCUGGAUUCUGAGCCACUAUGUGUCAGAAUCUCGAGGAAACUGACAUGCAUGAGCCCAAACAAGUUUAGUUCAGUGCAGUUAUUGAUUCUGAGUCAUUACCUGAAAAAAAAGGAGAUGGAAUGGAGAAGAGGCUGUGUGGGUGUGGGAGAUAGUCUGGGUCAUUGAUUCUAGUAUGAGACUAGUUUUAGUUUCCUUCUGUAUCUAGCUUGCAGCUUUGGCCAAAAGCACUUGAAUCAUUUUUGAGUGGGAAAUAGGAGAUUGGCAGGCAUUUUAUCAUUGAUCCUGGUGUGAAACUAGCUUAUUUUUUUUUAUUUUUUUUAAAUCCUUUAUUGAGUUUUUUUUUUUUUUUUUUUGCAUAGUAAUUCAAUACAAACAUUUUCGUGGAGGAAUAGUACCAAGUUUCGGUAGAGCAUGGUUUACAAACGGAUGCAUUAUUUCAUACAAACAUAGUCUUGCCAUUGUUAGUGUCAAGAUAGGUGGCGUGUACAUCUUCAUCCAGUGUCCCGUGUUACAAUUGUCGGGUUUCGGGCGGGAACUGAAUGCCAUCGGCAUGCUACUUAUCGUUACCCUUAUCUGUGUUGGUCGUCAGGUGAGGCCUCUGAUAAGGCACUGGUUAUACAUUGUAUGAUUAGCCGUCAGUGUCAAUGUAUCAGUAGGUCGGUACGGUUACCUGAUGAUAUCUUUAUGAAACUAGCUUACUAAUAUACAGUUAACAGAUUUUUUUUUUUUUUUUUAAUUGUUUAACUGAAGAAAUUCCUAUAUUUUUUUUUUUUUCUGAGUGUGUGCAAUUCCAAUAUGUGCUAUGCAAGCAUAUGAGUAGCAAAGCACUGGACAGUGUUUUACAAAUGUCAAACACAUAAAAAUAGAGAUAUAAUACACAGAGCUGGGCACAAUACAAAUAUAUCUUUACAAUACUCAUAGCUGGGUAGACCGCAGAGAUACCCAUACAUAAGGCAGAGCUGAGUAAAAUACAGAGCCAUAAAACACCAAUCUGGGCACCAUGAUAUGCAUAUGAGAUAUGCAUAAAUAUCCCAUAUUGCCAGGAUCACUAAGAUAGAUUACACCGAGCUGCAAUACAGAGAACCCCAAAUAGCCCAUGUCUAUCCAGUUUUCUCUCUAUAUAUCUUCCUAGCCGUCUCUUAGCUCUCCCUUUUUCAUGAUCUCAUCUUCAGUAGAGCUCCUGCUAUGAUAAUGUUGGCAUUCUUUUAAAUAUUGCUGCUGUUAUGAAAUAUGUCAGCUACUCAAUUAUACUCUCAGCACACAGUGUGCACAUGGUUAAAGCAUCUAGAUACUGCAGUGGUAAUAUAGAGCCAGGAAGUAGCUGACAUGGUUAACCUAAUUAACAAUCAUUACAGAUUAAAAAAAUAUUGAAAUUUAGAAUAAGCUCAGUUCUCUGAGUCACAGUGCCAGUCCUGGAGUUUGAUGCGUCACCACUUUUUAACUAGCCACAGCAUGAGUGUCUCAGAUCUCAGCUGUAGAGUGACUGUGUACUUUAAAGGGAUUCUCUAGUGCCAGGAAAACAAACUUGUUUUCCUGGCACUGUAGAAUCAUGCAGUGCCCUCCUUCCUCCCGCCCCAUUCCACAUCGUCAAUGGUGUUAAAACCCUUUCAGUCCCUUACCUGAAUCAUGUGCUGAUGUCCCUCGGCUCUGGGUUAAGCUCCUCAGACGUCGGCGGGGAGAUCUAAUGAGCAUGCGCAGCAAUGGCCACACUUGCAUUAGGAUCUUGCCAUAAGAAAGCAUUAUUAAAUGCUUUCCUUUGAGUUUUCCGGUGAUCCUGGAGGUCCUCAUGCAAAGCGUCCUGCAAAGUUGUCUAAGAAGCCGGAAGUCCCUCUAGUGGCUGUCUGGAGGACUUAACCCUGCAAGGUAAUUAUUGCAGUUUAUAAAAACUGCAGUAAUUACACUUGCAGGGUUAAGGGUGAUGGUAGUUGGCACCCAGACCACUUCAAUGGACUGAAGUGGUCUGGGUUCCCACAGUGUCCCUUUAAAGAAGAUUGUGGGUAUAUGCCGUAGGAGUUAUUAAAACUAUUAGUGAGAAGCAGUACAGUGCUGUGUGUCAGAAAUGUCCCUCUCCCAAUGGCCCCCUGAGUUUCUCUGGCUUUAUACAUAUUAAUUAUAUAUUUGAGUAAGAGUCUACUUCUACUUCUGCUAUGGCUACCACUACCAUAGCAGCUCCUUCUACCACAGCUAUUUUGAGCUUUAUAAUGCUCAAAAUAAGGGGUUGGUGAAACCAGUCAACUUAUUGCCAUUUUCUGCUAGCCUCCCUCCCCCACUAGACUCAAUAAAGGGAGUGCUCUGAAGAGAUUUUAUUGGUGUCAUCAAUGUCACUCUUUACUGAAGAGGCAAAACAGAGUACCAACGUAGUGUCCACAAUGUCUGGUCUAGUCUUGGUGGUGGUGAGGAAUGUGGUGAUAAUAAUAUUGCUCUUUGCCCCAUCACUCAAGUAAAAGUCUAUCCCAUGGGGAAAUUUACUAUGGUACAGAGUGUCACUUAUUCAUCUAAACAUAAAAAUAUGGUUAGUGGCAUUUACUGUACUAAAAAAGGAAAAGUUGUGCCGGGCAACAUUACUGUCCUGACAGGAAAAGUUGUGCUAAGCAGCAAUCAAGCACAUGGAAACCUGGUAAUUGCUUUUGGGGUCAAAGGCCGGUCAUGGCCAACCAAAUCCACAGGAGGAUUUGUGCUGAGCAGCAAUCAUGCACACGUGGUAAUUGCCUUUGGGGUCAAAGGCCGGUUACAGCCAAUCGGAUGCACAGGAGGGGUAUUUAAACACAAUUUUCCUUUUGCUCAUUGCCCUGUUGUGGUUUCAUGCAUAUGGUUAUCCAAGAGUGCAUUCCUGAUCUUGAUUUUACUUUAGCUUUGUUUUGACUUUCUUGAUAUAUGGUAUCUUUGACUUUUGGCUUUCCCUCAUCUUUGUGUCUGAUUCUGUGUCCCUGACCUCGGCUAGUAUUUUGACUAUUAUUGGAGAGGUUAAGUCUGGCCUUUCUAAGGCCCGGUUAUAUGUUAUCCUUAGUCCUAGGUGUGACACAGUAUUGCGUGCUGGAUCAACUUGUAAUCCUGACACAGAGGAAGAGGGGAAUCAAGAGAGUAGAGGUAGCAGUCCGCUAUUUUCUGCAUCUACUAUGCACUCACCACUGUCUAAGUCUAUCUCUAUCUAGAGUAGAAUCGCUUCAUUUAAUAGAAACAGUUGGAGCAUUAUCUACUACCAGUGCCAGAUGUACCUCACCCAGUGAGAUUAUCAACAUUACCAACUCUGUUCCAAUGAGCAUUAUUCAAGUAAGUGCUAGUGUAGAGAUUAAUGUUAUGACUGCUCCUAAAGAUGCAAAUCCAUCUGUAUCUUUAUUAACCACAAAGCCAAAGUUUGAGGCUAGUAAUUCAGGCUGAAGCAAAGUUUGACUUUUGCAGCAACCCUGAAGAGCACACUGCAAUUUGUGUAGCAAGGAAGGGUAGAGGAAAGUAAAGGUCAUCUUAUUAAUGACUGAUUGAACCAGCAUAUGCAAAGACACCACAAGUCUGUAUUACUGAGGGAAGCAGCAGAAGGAGAGAAAAAAAUAAUAUGGCGGGCUGCAGGUCCACUGGUGCUGUAUCAUAUUCUGUGCUCAACUACCGCACAACUACCACCACUGGUAACUUGAUGGUGAGCGUGCUAGCUGUGAAGUUGUCGAAUUACACUGAACUCUUCAAGAUUAAGUAGCUAAACCACGAGAUCUUUACUCAAAACGAUUCAGAAACAUUAACCUCCACGCAUGUCACAGACUCUCUAACCUCAGUCUCAUGCAAGUUUGAUGGAUUAUUUAUUUAUUUAUUUGGGGGGGCUUUAAACGUAGCAUCAUAUUGCCGACUUGGAAUAAAAGCUGAGUUGGAGGCUUUGCCAGUCUGGCUAUUGCUGCCUUAGAUGUGUCCGUUCUGUACAGUUCAAUGUUUAACUAAUAAACCCUUACAUAUUUAUUGUUUUAAUGUCUCAGGCUUAACUAUAAAAGAUACCCUUCAAAAACAGAGAUGGCAAAUAGGGUUUAGGGAUUGGGGUCAGAGUUGUAGGACAAAGCUAGAAUUUUACAUGCUUUUAUCUAAAAGUUCUAUUUAGUUUACUAACUUUCACAACAAGGAAGUCUGUCCUUCUUGGUAGCUUGUGUGAAUUUAGUGGUGCCACUAGUGAUGACCACACUACAGUGAUGUCCCCAGUGAUGAAAUUGUUUUUAUCACCCAUGGUAACUCAUUAAUUUUAGAUUUUUCUUAGUAUCUGUAAUUCUAUCUAAUAAUAUAUAUUAAUUCUUAUGUCUUCUUUAGGUAUUUGACUUUGAGUUAAGUGCUGAAGAAAUGAAAACUCUCGAUGGACUUAAUACAAACAUGCGAUACAUUGAAACUAAACAGUAAGAUUUUUUUUAUAUCUAGAGUGAUGCAAAUUAUUAGUAGUUGAUAAUCUUAUUGUAUUUGUAGUUCUCAAGCACACCAUUUAAUUGUGCAGAGUUGAGAAAAAAAGGUUAGUGCUUGAUUUAAACAUGAUAAAUGAACCAUUCACUAUUUCAUGGUAUCUUUGUAUGCUGCUGGAUAGUUAAUGUGUCAUUUCAGUGGUGGCCAGGUGUACAAAUGUGAUGUUCAGAAGGUCUUUGUGUUUGUCUCUAUGCAUAUCAUAUGUAGCAGUAUUAAAUUUUGUGCACACUGAGUAUAGCAAUGUUUUGUGUUCAGGGAUUCAGCAAGAUAUGUUUAAGAUGUGCCCAUUGCGUAUUUUGUGUAAGAAUGCUGGUCCGCAAACAAGAGGCCUGAUAACAUGUAGGAAGUCUAUUCUCAAACUCUGAAAAAACAAAUCUUGGCUCUAUCCUUGUGAAUUGCAUAGGAAAGUAUUGGUAUCAAAAAGCUGUUGGGUCAUGUAGUUUGCAAUAAUCUGCAAGCCAGGUUAACCAUCAGUAACUUAUGCAUUAACCUGCAGAAAGGCACAUACAGUAUAUUAUUGUUAACUAUGCAACACGCAAAUGAGGUCAUCAUUUUUAAUCCUCACUAGUUUAGUCACAAAUGCAGCAGGUUAACUAGCAUAACUUUUUUUAUAUCUUCAGUGGAACAUUGGUGGGAAUUGCUAAAAGGUAGCCCUUUCUCACUCCUGUUUGUUUACUUGAGGGCCUCUAUCUCUUUUAUUACCAACCACAUCCCCCAUUCUAUUAAAUGAGUUUGCGCUCAGAAGUCAGGAAAAAAACUCUACGUGUGUGUGUGUACUCUCCUGCCACAAAUAUUGAGUUAGCAUAAGCGUUAGGAAAACAGUUGUGGGCCUUUUAAUAUCAUUCAAAUAAUAUUAAAAAGAGUAAAUGCAAAGGGAGAUGGCUAAAAAAAGAGUAAAACUUAUAUUAAUUAUAUUACUAUUUUAUUAGUUUAUGUUUGCCUUGUGUGUCUUUUUUUUUUUUUUGCCUUGGUAAAAUAAAUUAAAUGUCUACUAAAAAAAGAGAAAAUUCUGGGCCUAGUACCUUCACCUCUAGUUAAUAAUUAGUAGUCACACUUUCUUAUAUUCCUUUAUUCAAAGAAUGAUCAUACAUUACUAAUACGUUUUUGUGUUAUCUCUAUACCUUAGGUGGCAGGAUCACCCCAAGUACCCAUUUAAUGAUGCAUAUUAAAGAACAUUACAUUGUAUAGCUGCAUUCUACUGGUGACAGGAAAAGGCUUCCGUUCUUUUCACUACUAUUUCACCCAACUUGAAAAAUCCAUGUAACUACUUCUGUCACUAGACUGUUAAAGAAGCCAUAACUGUCCAUCUUUGACAUCAAGAAUGAUUUGAACAUCCAGAAUGCAGUGGGAACUGCUCUUGGAACAAUGACCACGUAUAGCUGUAUUUCUCAUUUUCUAACACAUGUUAAUUCUAUAAUGUGUUUUUUUUUUUUUUUCAUCUGAACUUACUUUCUUUUUCACAUCACCUGUAAUGAUUGAUUAAAUAAACAAUAAAUCUCACUGUUUUACAGUCA